UUGUGCAGUUCGCAGUGGCCGACGUUGCAAUUUUAUUCGUCAGGUGGUACACAGCUUAUGGAGUUCUGUCCACAUGGAACCAGGUUGGAUUGUGAAAAAAAUUCAAUCACCGAUUGCAAGAAGCUACACUUCAAGAAAAUAAUCCAAAAACACACGGAUGAGUCGUUGGGGGAUUGUUCUUUUCUCAAUACCUGCUUCCAUAUGGACACGUGUAAAUACGUGCAUUACGAAGUGGAUAGGGCAGCCCAAAUCCAUGGCAAUCAGUUGGUCAUUCCCAACCUACCAGCAGUUGGACGAGUGGAAAGCACCACACUGUAUCCACCGCAAUGGGUGCAAUGCGACCUGCGGUACCUGGAUAUGACCGUGUUAGGAAAAUUUGCAGUGAUAAUGGCUGAUCCGCCUUGGGACAUCCACAUGGAACUCCCAUAUGGAACAAUGUCCGACGAUGAAAUGAGACAACUGGGUAUACCGCAACUGCAAGACGAAGGACUGAUAUUCUUGUGGGUUACUGGACGAGCUAUGGAACUGGGCAGGGAGUGCCUCAAGUUGUGGGGCUACGAACGAGUGGAUGAAAUCAUCUGGGUCAAGACCAAUCAGUUGCAAAGAAUCAUCAGAACUGGUCGUACUGGACAUUGGUUGAACCAUGGCAAAGAGCAUUGCCUAGUGGGAAUGAAAGGUAACCCGAAGGACCUGAAUCGAGGCCUCGACUCGGACGUAAUCGUGGCAGAAGUGCGUGCAACCAGUCACAAGCCGGAUGAGAUCUACGGGAUGAUCGAAAGAUUAUCGCCCGGUACCAGGAAGAUUGAGCUGUUUGGCCGUCCGCACAACAUCCAACCAAACUGGAUCACCUUAGGCAAUCAAGUGGAUGGAAUCCGACUCUUAGACCAGGAUUUGAUUGAAAGUUUCAAGAAGCGGUAUCCGACGGGCAACUGUAUGGCCCCGCCGCCUGAAAGUGUUCACUAAACAAGACGAAAGUGAGUUGAAAAAUUUUAUUAAACGAUUUGUUUUCCUUAUGUUGACCGAACUAUGUACAAACUUAGAUGAUUACAUGAGAUCUAACAAAAAUAUCA